CUCAGUUGUGUUGGAGCUUAAAUUGAUCUAAGAAAAUGGCGGACGAAGUGGUUCUGUUAAAUUUCUGGCCAAGUCCAUUUGGGAUGAGAGUGAAGAUUGCGCUGGCGGAGAAAGGGAUUAAGUACGAGCACAAGGAGGAGAAUCUGAGCAACAAGAGCCCUUUGCUUCUGCAGAUGAACCCUGUUUACAAGAAGAUCCAUGUGCUCAUUCACAAUGGAAAACCCGUCUGCGAGUCGCUCAUCCAAGUCCAGUACAUCGAUGAGGUGUGGAACGGCAAUGCUCCUUUCUUGCCCUCUGAUCCUUAUGCCAGAGCUCAAGCCAAGUUCUGGGGUGAUUUUGUUGACAAGAAGAUAUAUGCUCCUGGGUGGAAUGUUUUGAUGACCAAAGGAGACGAACAGGCAGCAGCCAAGAAGGAACUCAUUGAAAGCCUGAAGUUGUUGGAAGCAGAACUCGGGGACAAGACUUACUUUGGCGGAUCAAACUUGGGAUAUGUUGAUGUUGCUUUGGUUUCAUUCUGCAUAUGUGGUUCUAUGCCUAUGAGAAGUGUGGCAACUUCAGCAUCGAAGCAGAGUGUCCCAAGAUAAUCGCAUGGGCUACGAGGUGCCUGCAAAAGGAGAAUGUGUCCAAGUCUCUCCCUGACCAUGAAAAGCUUUACGGAUUUGUUUUGGAGUUGAAGAAGGUGUCUGGAGCUGAGUGAAAUGAGAUCAGGAAGUAGUUGGACAUGUUAUAAUGAAGCAUAUCUGGUUUUGUUUAUGGCCCUUAUUCCUUUGUUCUCUUGUAAAAUAAAGAGGGCAUCUAAGU